AUGACCAACCGCGCACUGGGCGGAUCGAUCAAUUAUGCGGCGCCUUCGCCGCCGAUCGAGGCGAUGAUCGAGGGCGCCUCAUUUUCGACCACCACCAUUCCUAAGACGGAAGAUUCACCCGUACCGUCCCGGUCAACCUCUUUGGGCGCAGAGGGCCUGCUUCCAGAGAAUCUCGACGGCAAUGGGCCGACAACAGCGGGGCGGAAGCGCAAGCUGAACAGCACAUCAUCAAGAGGAGUGGCCAACCUCACCCCCGAUCAAUUGGCGAAGAAGCGUGCGAAUGACCGUCAGGCGCAGCGUGCUAUUCGCGAACGCACCAAGUCUCAUAUCGAGGCUCUAGAACAACAGGUUCGAGAUCUUGCAUCGCAGAAACCGGUGCUCGACCUGCAGGCUGCACUUCAGCACAAUGAGCGCAUCCGGUCGGAGAACAGGGAGCUUCGCCAAGGGCUCAAGGCGGUCCUGGACAUAAUACAACCUUUGCUGGCGAGACCGGAGGCUUCAGAUCUACCUUCUUUCCUCGCCCAACCCAGAUCGGUCCCGCCGACAUCCCAUACCCCUCCUUUCCCCGAGACCGACUCCUUGAACAUAAGCGACCAGGCUGCGGCACAAAGUGACAGGCUCUAUGCCGAGUCAGUGACCAGCCUGGACACACCCUCUCCAACACAAUCCGGAUCGGCUUCGGGCAGUCGACGCAAUAGCCAAAAUGGAAGCCUGCAGCCCUCCUCAUUCCGUGCCGCCCUAGACUCCCAGCGCCAUAAUAUUGCUCAUGGUCUCGACCUGGGCAUGGUGGAGCGGCUAGGGUUCAAUUUUCUUCUCGAUCCUAAUCACAAUGUUCCCAAAGUCGAUCGGCUUCGGCGCAGCAACUCAGAAAACCUCCGUUCCUCCCAGCCCUCGCCAUCACCGCUGUAUAUGCAACCGAUGAACUACCCAGCCGAUCAAGUACCGGCUCACGCAACACCCAUCAGGAAUUCUGCACCGACCUGUACACUGGAUAGUAUAUUGCUCGACUUCCUGCACAACCGGCAACGCGAAGCCGCAGAAGGAAUCCCUCGGCAGAAGCUCGUGGGACCACCCUACCCAAGUGUCUCUUCACUGCUAAACCCAGAGAAGAGUGCACAAUCACACCCUCUCUCCAAAGUCUUUACGGACAUCCUACGCACAUUCCCGGACAUUUCCUCCCUCCCUGUGCAGGUUGCCGUGCUCUACACAAUGUUCCUCCUCAUGCGCUGGCAAAUCUAUCCCACACAAGAGAACUACGAUCGACUUCCCGAGUGGAUCACGCCACGUCCCACACAGCUGCUUCAGGCCCAUCCCCCAUGGAUGGACUACGUCCCAUGGCCUCGAAUGCGAGACCGGCUCGUGACCUCUCACCGCGACUACCCAUUUGAGAACUGGUUCAUUCCUUUCACGCGCGGCAUGGAUGUGAAUUGGCCAUACGAAGCCACCGACUGCUUGCUAUCCGCAGGCGACUCGGAGGAACUAAUCAUCAAUCCAGUUUUUGAGCGUCACAUGCGGAACCUGAACAAUUGGUCAUUGGGUCCGCUCUUUGCAGAAGCGUAUCCCGGGUUGGUGGAUACCACGCGAAUCAGACCGGAGCCGGGUAAACAGCACUGCUCGACUCCGAUAUAG